ACUGUUCGACAUUUCGUCCGCUCAAGCUCGAGCUGAUUGAAGCGGCGUGCUAUUUGUCGUGCGUGAACAGUAGUUAUAUCCAUAAUGACUUAGCUUGAUCGUUUAACAGGCAUUUGCGAACACCAGGUAGCGUAAGAAGAUUCACGACAAUGCCGAUGCGUUAUUUGUUAUGUAUUAGUUAGUUGUCUUUGUCGGAUUCAAAACCAAUCAUGCAGACGAUAUUUAGGACGGGUGUCAAGUGCUCGUUGCGCCUGGCUCCUAGAUCGCCCAAGGCGCCCCAAGUGUCAUUCACGAAUGGCUCGACGAGGCAGUUCGACGUCAUCGUCGUUGGCGGCGGGCAUGCCGGCACCGAAGCUGCGGCAGCCUCUGCCCGGAUGGGCUGCAACACUUUGCUGCUUACCCACCGCUUCGAUACUAUUGGUGAAAUGUCCUGCAAUCCGUCCUUUGGUGGUAUUGGCAAAGGUCAUCUCAUCAGGGAAAUAGAUGCACUAGGUGGAGUUUGUGGCAAGAUAUGUGAUUUGUCAGGGAUAAGCUACAAGGUUCUGAACAAGAGAAAAGGACCAGCAGUCUGGGGUCCACGGGCACAGAUAGACCGAGGACUGUACAAAAAGCACAUUCAGGCGUACUUGAAGAACCAGAGAAAUCUCACAAUACUUUGUGGAACCGUCGAAGAUCUUGUACUGCAAGAAACAGCGGAAGGAUCAUGCUGUGUUGGAAUCACCUUGGAUGAUCGCUCCACAAUUAAUUCCCAGUGUGUUGUAUUGACAACUGGGACAUUUUUGAGAGGGCAGAUCAACAUUGGUCUGGAGACAUACCCAGCCGGACGACUUGGUGACAAGCCAGCCAUAGGCCUUGCCCAUACGCUCGAGAAGCUAGAGUUCAGACUGGGGCGGCUAAAAACAGGGACUCCUCCCAGGCUGGAUGGCCGAACGAUUGACUACACCAGCCUUGAAGUACAUCACGGUGACAAGCCACCAGAACCAUUUUCCUUUAGCAACUCAAGAGUGUGGAUAGAGGCUGAGGACCAGGUGCCCAUGCACCUGACACAAACGACACCGGAGGUGGACAAACUUGUGCUUGACAACCUCCACCUUGACAGACAUGUCAAAGAAGAGGUUACUGGACCAAGGUACUGCCCAUCCAUAGAGUCCAAGGUGCUUCGUUUCAAAGGGCGCUGCCAUCAAGUCUGGCUGGAGCCUGAAGGCUUGGACACCCACAUCAUCUAUCCCAAUGGCAUCUCCUGCACCUUGCCUGCCGAUGUCCAGCUGAAGCUGGUUCGUUGCAUGCCAGGCUGCCACAGUGUGGAAAUGAUCAGACCAGGCUAUGGUGUGGAAUAUGACUUUAUUGAUCCACGGCAGAUUAAACCAACAUUGGAAACAAAGAAGGUGCCAGGCUUAUUCCUGGCUGGUCAAAUUAAUGGCACAACUGGCUACGAAGAGGCCGCAUCUCAGGGCAUUGUGGCUGGUGUAAAUGCAGCCUGCAAGGUGCUGGACAGGGAGCCACUGACCGUGACCCGCCUGGAAGGGUACAUUGGAGUGCUCAUUGACGACCUCACGACGCACGGCACCCAGGAGCCCUAUCGCAUGUUCACCAGCAGGGCCGAGUACAGGCUCAGUCUGAGGCCUGACAAUGCAGACAUUCGGCUGACAGAAAAAGGUUACAAGGUAGGCUGCGUUCCAGAGGACGAAUAUGACAGAGCGUCUAGCAUGAAGAACGCCCUGGCCAACGCACAACAAAUUCUUGGUGCUGAAGUCAAGCACACACAGCGCUGGAGAAGCCUGCUAGGACUGCCCGAAACAGGCAAUCCUUCACAGAAAAGUGCUCUGGAAAUGCUUGGAAGCCAAGAUGUCAGCGUAGACAGCAUUGUGGACAUGUUUCAUCCGCAGCUGGGUGAUCUUGCGUCAAGUCCUGCCUUCAGGACCAGACUCAAGAUAGAAGCUACAUAUGCUUACCAUGUUGCCCAGCAGCAGCAGGAGAUCCUUGAACUUGAGAAAGGAGAAGCACUACAGCUGCCAGCCAACAUAGACUACAACGACCCUUCAUUGAACUUGUCCAACGAAAUAAAAUCAAAGUUGGAGCAAGCAAGGCCAACUACGGUGGGGGCUGCUAGCAGGAUACCUGGCGUGACACCAGUAGCAGUGCUCAGCUUGUUACGACUUGCAAAGCAAAGGGAGAGGUCGUUGUCUGCACUUUGAGAGUGCCAAGCUCAGAAUUGUGGUCAUUGUACAGAUAAAAAUAAAAGCUCAGUUAAAUAACUCCGUGUAUAGGACCAGUAUCACUGCAUAGGUUUAUACGAAUAUUCUGAAACUUUGACUCGGACAUAUUUACCGAGGUACCAUUUCAUACACAAAUUACAUAUAUUUCUUCUUAGUCAAAGAUUAUGUUCCAUGUUUCAAUUGCCCCUCCAUGGUGGCUCAGUGGCUAAGCAUAGUGUUCUGCUACAGAGCUCCAAGUCACAGGCUCAAUGUCUGGCCACGGCGGCUGCAUUCAAACAGGGGUAGAACUCAAGAACACUGAUGCAGCAUAUUUCGCUUGCGCAUUAAAGAACCUCAGGUGGUUAAAAUCAGUCCAGAGCCAUAUGCUGUCCUAUCUCAUAGCCCAAAUGUUGCUCUGGAACGAUAUAGUCGGUUAGUCAGUCGCUCAGUCAAUCAAUCAACAACAAAAUCAAUCAAUAAAUCAACUGAUUAUCUUGCAUAUUGUAAUUGAUAUAUUGCGGCAUCACUAUUGGUGCCAACUACACCCUGACGACGACAAAGACGAUGACGGGGUGUACUUGGCACAAAUAGUGACGCAGCAAUAUUAAAUGUAAGGAACGAUUCCCUGAAGUCUGAAGUUUCAGGCAUAUUGCUGUGUUCACUGCUUUAUUUGCAUGGAUAACUUUUUGCCGAGACCAGUACCAUGUGACAAAUCAUUAAUAAUGAAAUUAUGAGAGCCAGAAAUAAAGCUGUUGUGCUAUACAUUGCACUGCACUUUUCAGCAACUAGUUAGCGCAUAUAUAUAUAUAUAUAUAUACGUUUAUACCAAAACUAGCACAGACACGGACAAGAGAGAUGAGAUGUAUUAGUUCCUGUGUCUUUGCACUAGAUUCAGUAGGUCGAAAAUUGCGGAGAUGUAAGGCAAUCCAGCCAAUACUACAUGUAAACAAGUUUUGAGUUGCUUCUUAAACGAAGCAGCAAGUGCAUUUUGCCCUUGGGAUCUCUUCAGAUUAGUUUUGAAACUAUAUAGACUUUGUCAACAUAGACAAGUCCACUUGUCAAAAUAUUGGCUCCAGCAACAUACCUUGUUUGACCACUGCUGAUUCCUGUGAACCUCUGUGUUGUAUAUAUGUUGAAUUGAGUAAUAGGGUAUCAUUUAUGCCUCACACUGCACACCUUUCCAUAUUAAUACUGAAACAUACUGUAAGAAUAAUAGCUUCUAGAGCAGCUUUUUGCAGACACUUAAAUGCAAUGCUAUUUAACCAAGCUCACAACUAUAAUACUGCCAUGUUUAUUGCAGUGCUACUUGCAUACAAUACACAGUGCUGACCACAAACAAAAAGCCAUAUCAUCAAUUAGCAUUUUUCACACACACAUGGCAAGUUAGGCAGGUUGAACAUUACAAAUCUGACUUGCAAAAAGGUCGCAACGUAUUCAUGGUCAAUAUUCUGCCAUUUGUUUGUGCAAAAAUUCGCGAUUACAUACACUGAUUUGUUAAACAACUUCCAAGUGUUGCACCAUCACUAAAGCACUCCAUUUAAGCAUGUAUAUAUAGAGAAUGAUUUUUGUUGUGUGUUUACAUGUUAUGUAUAAAAAACUAACUAUAUGCAAACCAUAUACUGACACGCAUCCAUGUUUGCCAUUUUCCUGUUACCGGAUAAUAUAUGUUAAAAGUUAUCAUUCGGUGCAAGGCACACCGGCAUGUAUCAGACAUUCUAUAUUGUUGUAGCCGAUUGUAUCUGUUGUCUACAUUGUCGCGGGACCUUGCAUAAUCAGAUUGUAUGCACGACGCAAAUUGUUUUGUACUUUCUGGAAGGUACACAAACACUUGCAGUUAGGCUGAAACCGAAGACGAUCGAGUGAUGUAUAUACAGCCGGCACAUCUCACCCGUAGAUAAGACUUCAACGAUCGCUGACUGUGCUCGCAGCUAUCGUUGUGCUUUGAGUGUACCUUGCUUUUGUGGGGACAGCUUCGCCCAAUAAAAAAUUUAGUUUCAUGAUUCA